CGGUUACGCUCACACAACAACGGAAGAGCGCAGCGGGAGUGAAGUAAAAGCUCCGCGGCCUCUCCCUCCUCACACACCCGGGAAGCGACGGCGUCCCAUGUGCCUCGGCAGUACCGGAGCACCGCCCCAUGUACACGUUGUUCUCACUGUGAAGGAACACGGUCCGCUGCGAGAAACCAGGAGCCCCGGGCUGUAAGGAGGAGGAGAAGGUCUCACCGGGCUUAUAGAUCGUUUAUAACGACAUGGAGGACCUGUGUGGACCGGAGCUCCCGUUCUGGGUGGCCAACCAGACGAUCCACACAGACAGACCGGACCUUCCGGCCUGCUUUCAGCUCACCGUGCUGUCAUGGCUGCCCUGCAUCUACCUUUGGGCCGUCACCCCCCUCUACAUCUUCUACCUCAAGCGCAACAACAAAGGCUAUAUCAUGAUGUCCGUCCUCAACCGCUUCAAGACGGCCUUCGGUUUCGUCCUGUGGCUGGUAUGCUGGUCGGACCUCUUCUACUCGUUUCACGAGCUGCGGAACGGCCUGACCCGGCCCCCAAUCUACUUCGUCACCCCGCUGGUGGUCGGCAUGACGAUGCUCCUGGUGACGUUCCUGAUCCAGUUUGAGCGGCUGCGGGGCAUGCAGUCGUCGGGCGUGCUCUUCAUCUUCUGGUUCCUGUCCCUGCUGUGCGCCAUCGUGCCUUUCCGCUCCAAGAUCCUCCAGGCUUCCAGCACGGAGCCUGGGAGUGAGCCCCCUGACAAGCUGCGCUUCACCACCUUCUACCUGUACUUCAGCCUGGUGCUGCUAGAACUCAUCCUCAGCUGCUUCAACGAGAAGCCCCCCCUUUUCUCCACCGUGGUCACAGACCCUAAUCCCUGCCCUGAAUCCACUGCAGGUUUCCUCUCCACAAUAACCUUUUGGUGGUUCACUAGGAUGGCCGUGAAGGGCUACAAGACGCCCCUGGAGGCCAAGGACCUGUGGUCGCUGAACGUGCAGGACAGCUCCCAGACCGUGGUGCCCCGCUUCCUGGAGGAGUGGGAAAAGGAGCAGGCAAAGGCCCAGAUUGAGCAGCAGACCUUGUCCGCCCACGCAGUGUUCUCCAAGGCGCCUCCAGGUGGCGCCACCAACCACGUGACGGCGGGCGCGGCGGGCGCGGUGGAGAACGGGCCGGAGGAGACGGAGGUGCUGCUGUCGGAGGGCCGCGCCGCCCCCCGCCAGCCCUCAUUCCUCUGGGCCCUGAUUCGAGCCUUCGGACCCUUCUUCCUCAUCGGCUCCGCCUACAAGCUGCUGCAGGACCUCAUCAGCUUCGUCAGCCCCCAGCUGCUCAGACUACUGAUCUCCUUCACCAAGCAGAAGGGGGCUCCGGACUGGUGGGGCUACGCUCUGGCCUUCCUCAUGUUCUUCACAGCCCUGCUGCAGACCCUCAUCCUGCACCAGCACUUCCAGUACUGCUUCGUCACGGGCAUGAGGCUGCGCACCGCCAUCAUCGGAGCCAUCUACCGGAAGUCCCUGGUGAUCACCAACGCCGCCAAGCGUAAGUCGACCGUGGGGGAGAUCGUCAACCUGAUGUCGGUGGACGCCCAGCGCUUUAUGGACCUCACCACCUUCCUCAACAUGCUGUGGUCGGCGCCCCUGCAGAUCAUUCUGGCGCUGUACUUCCUGUGGCAGAACCUGGGUCCGUCUGUGCUGGCGGGGCUGGCCGUCAUGGUGCUGCUGAUUCCCCUAAACGCUGCCAUCGCUGUGAAGACCCGCGCCUAUCAGGUGCAACAGAUGCAGCACAAGGACGCCCGCAUCAAGCUGAUGAGCGAGAUCCUUAACGGCAUCAAGGUGCUGAAGCUGUACGCGUGGGAGGGCUCCUUCCAGGAGAAGGUCCUCGCCAUCCGGCAGAAGGAGCUGGACGUACUACGUCGCACGGCCUACCUCGGGGCCCUGUCCACCAUGGCCUGGACCAGCGCCCCCUUCCUGGUGGCGCUCACGACGUUCGCCGUGUACGUGAAGGUGGACGAGAAUAAUGUUCUGGACGCGGAGAAGGCCUUCGUGUCGCUGUCGCUCUUCAACAUCCUCCGCUUCCCCCUCAACAUGCUGCCCCAGGUCAUCAGCAGCAUCAUACAGGCCAGUGUGUCCCUCAAACGCAUCCAGGACUUCCUGAGCCACAGCGAGUUGGACCCAGAGGCCGUGCAGAAGAACAGCGCCGCCAGCGAACAUUCUGUGACUGUCAUCAACGGCAAAUUCACCUGGACCAAGCAGGACCCCCCCGCCCUCCACAACAUCAACAUGCUGGUGCCCCAGGGCUCCCUGGUGGCUGUGGUCGGCCAAGUGGGCUGCGGCAAGUCCUCCCUGAUCUCCGCCCUGCUGGGGGAGAUGGAGAAGAUCGAGGGUGACGUGGCCGUGCGGGGCUCGGUGGCGUACGUACCCCAGCAGGCCUGGAUCCAGAACGCCACCCUCAGGGACAACAUCCUGUUCGGGAAGCCCUUCGCUGAGCAGAAGUACCACAGCGUGCUGGAGGCCUGCGCCCUGACCCCCGACCUGGAAGUGCUCCCCGGCGGCGACAUGACGGAGAUCGGGGAGAAGGGCAUCAACCUGUCAGGGGGCCAAAGGCAGAGGGUGAGCCUGGCCCGGUCGCUGUACAGCGACGCGGACGUCUACCUGCUGGACGACCCCCUCUCCGCCGUCGACGCCCACGUGGCCAAGCACAUCUUCGACAACCUGAUCGGGCCGGAGGGAGCGCUGAAGGGCAAGACCCGCCUACUGGUGACGCACGGCGUCAGCUUCCUGCCGCAGGUGGACAACAUCCUGGUGAUGGUGGACGGCCGCGUGACUGAGAUGGGGUCCUACCAGGAGCUGCUGGACCAGAACGGGGCCUUCGCAGAGUUCCUCAGGAACUACGCCAUUGAGGACGUCAUCGAGGAAGAGGCCAUAGAGGACCUGAUUGAGGAUGAGGAGCUGUUCCCCGACGACGCCCUUAGCAACCACACAGACAUGGCGGACAAUGAGCCGGUGGUGAACGAGACCAAGAGGCAGUUCAUCAGGCAGAUCAGCAUCAUCUCCGGGGACUCGGACAACUCCAAGACACGCCGGAGGCACCUGGCCUCGCAGCGGAAGUCCGGGGAGCCCCCGGCGGAGAAGAAGCCACGGCAGGCCCCCGGGUCGGAAAAGCUCAUCCACGCGGAGACCUCCGAGACCGGCAGGGUGAAGAUGAAGGUGUUCAUGGACUACGCCAAGGCGGUGGGCUUGGUGCUCUCCGUCAUCAUCUGCCUUCUCUACGGCUGCCAGAACGCCGCCGCCAUCGGCGCCAACGUCUGGCUCAGCGACUGGACCAAGGACGCCAGCGCCAACCAGACCAGGGACGAGGUCAACAUGAGGCUGGGGGUGUACGCCUCGCUGGGCAUUGCCCAAGGUGUGUUGUUGAUGGUGAACUCCCUGCUGGGCAAGGCGUACUGCAUGCUGCGUGCGGCGCAGCUAACCCACGAGGCCAUGCUGCGGCGCGUGCUACGCGCCCCCCAGGGCUUCUUCGAGCGCACGCCCACCGGCCGCAUCCUCAACCGCUUCAGCAAGGACGUGGACACCAUAGACACGGCCAUCCCCGACAACAUAGACAUAUGGAUGCGCACCUUCUGGUUCACGCUCAACGUGCUGCUGGUGUGCUCGGUGCUCACGCCCAUAUUCAUGGUGGGGGUGGCGCCCCUGCUGCUCUUCUAUUGGUGGGUCCAGAGGUUCUACGUGGCCACGUCGCGCCAGCUGAAGCGGCUUGAGUCGGUGAGCCGCUCGCCCAUCUACUCCCACUUCUCGGAGACCAUCACGGGCGCCAGCGUCAUCCGCGCCUACGGCAAGGACAGCGCCUUCGUACACAUGAGCGACACGCGCGUGGACGACAACCAGAAGAGCUACUACCCCGGCAUCGUGGCCAACAGGUGGCUGGGCGUCCGCAUCGAGUUCAUCGGGAACUGCAUCGUGCUGUUCGCCGCGCUCUUCGCCGUCAUCGGGAAGGAGAAGCUGAACCCGGGCCUGGUGGGGCUCUCGGUGUCCUACGCCCUGCAGGUGACCAUGACGCUGAACUGGAUGGUGCGCAUGACGUCCGACCUGGAGAGCAACAUCGUGGCCGUGGAGCGUGUCAAGGAGUACUCCGAGACCAAGACUGAGGCGCCCUGGGUGGUGGAGGACAAGCGGCCACCCUCAGAUUGGCCGCCGCAGGGCAACGUGGAGUUCCGGGACUACAGCGUCCGGUACCGCGAGGGUCUGGACCUGGUGCUGAAGAACCUCACGCUGAGCGUCCAGGGCGGCGAGAAGGUGGGGAUCGUGGGCCGGACCGGCGCGGGGAAGUCCUCCAUGACGCUGUGCCUCUUCCGGCUGCUGGAGGCGGCGGGCGGGGAGAUCACCAUCGACGGAGUGAAGAUCUCCGAGAUCGGCCUCCACGACCUACGCUCCAAACUCACCAUCAUCCCCCAGGAACCGGUUCUGUUCUCGGGGACCCUGAGGAUGAACCUUGACCCCUUCGACUCGUACAGCGACGAGGACCUCUGGAAGGCUCUGGAACAUUCCCAUCUCCACAAGUUCGUGACCAACGCGCCGGCCAAGCUGGAGAUGGAGUGUGCUGAGGGGGGCGAGAACCUCAGCGUGGGCCAGAGGCAGCUGGUGUGUCUGGCGCGCGCGCUGCUGAGGAAGACGAGGAUCCUGAUCCUGGACGAGGCCACGGCCGCCAUCGACCUGGAGACGGACGACCUCAUCCAGUCUACCAUCAGGACGCAGUUCGAGGACUGCACCGUGUUCACCAUCGCCCACCGACUCAACACCAUCAUGGACUACACCAGAGUGCUGGUUCUGGACAAGGGAGAGAUCUCUGAGUUCGACACCCCCAGCCAGCUGCUGUCCCAGAAGGGCGUGUUCUACGCCAUGGCCAAAGACGCAGGCCUGGUGCAGUAGCGCCCCCUGUCUGUCAGCGACAACACAGCGCCGCCUGGAGGGAGCGUGGUGUAGCUCCGUCAGGGACCCCCACGCAGACGGCGGAGCCGCCAUUGCCUCCCGUCUCCCUGGAGAAUAGGUUCAGUCCUGAGGAUCACUGGCGCUGUCAAACCUUCUGGUUUGUGUUUGAUCCAGAGAGACUUCAGGAACGUUCUGACCACAGAUCACACGUCGGACAGGGCUGCCUGAGUCGGACGUAAACACACUCUGACCAAAGCUGAGGGCGCUGGUUGGGUCGUGCAUCGCGUCGCUCAUCUGUUGUUUGUGAUUUAAGGAAGCCAUUUAUAAAAGAGGAAAGUAGGUUCUCUGCAUUUUACUGCUUGACACAAGUCUGGAAUUUAGUGCCUUCUGGCUAGGGAGAACAACUUCUGAAUGUAAACGUUUUUUAAAACACUUGUCCAGAGCAUAUAUAUAUAUAUAUUGAUGUAUAAAUAUAUAAAUAUAUAUAUGUAUUCUUACACAUGCAAAGGAACAUGUUUUUUUAUUUUAUUUGUACUCAACAACCUAGCAAUACUGUGCCACUGUCCUUUCCAGAACUUUUUCCAGAGAGGCCGUCGCCUGCUUAAAGGGCCGGCGGCCCAACGUAUUUUUGUACUGUAUUUUUAUUUAAGCUACUCUUAAAGGUUUUCUUUUCUAGGGAAGAUUGUUCGGCUACAUGUGUGAUUUGUUUCUGAGGCACCGCAGUAAAAUGGAAAGGAAAAAAUAACUUGAAUUGUGUGCUACCAAAAUAUGGACGUAUGUUAUUGCCUUUAUUAAAAAUAUACAUAAAUGAUAA